AGAAGAAUGCAGCGGCCUCAAGUUGAUAUGGUCUUCGUUUCGCCGUCGCUUCGCCUUCGGACCACAGAUCCGAUCCGAUCCCAUACUCCAGCUCCAAGUCCGACUCGAACGACUCCAGCGACGCGACCCAUUCCGUUUCCAACGCACAUUCGAGCCUCUGUCCUCGAGCCCCAGUAAAAAUUCUCUAAGCAUGCUGUCAAGUUAUGUCUACAUUCCUUGAUCAUAUUUUUUCCAACUGUUUUCGUACCCGCUGCUCCUCACAGCCAGGGGUAUAUUCUUUUCGCGUGGAUAGCUACUGAUCUGGUGCUAUGCGGUGUAAAAAGCAGCCUGAAUCCCUUAAUAAGGGAUCAUCAGUUUCUUUUAAAUGCUAGGAAUUUCGUCUACACGAUUUACCUUAUUUCUAACCUUCAGCAGCUGCAGACAAAUCUGAGUAGCGGGUAUCACAUAGUCGAUCUUUUCGACUCACGCGUCCUUACUUGUUUUUCUGCAUCUCCUUUCUGGCUUCAUUCUUUCGCUUCGUUCGCUGCUGGCUCGCUCGUUCGCUCGUUCGUUCGUUCGUUGAUGGUUCGUUUGUUCCUGCGGGGCGGGCUACUCUGGGCAACGAUGAUGAUAAUCCUGAAUUUCUAUGUCAACUCUGUCUUUCUUACACCUCUCGUAUGUGGAAUUAGUCAAAACAUUUCAAGCCAACAGAUUCUUCCCUUCAACUUAAACAGAAACCAAAAACAAAAGGAGAUCCUAUUUGUUUAAUAGAGAAAUUGGACAAAUUCAGAUCCAGAGAGUCACAGUCUCCACUACCUGGAUUUGGAUGCCCUGCAAGCGCCCCACUACGUAAUCGUUCGCCUCCCCUCUGCCUCCCAGAUACCAGAUACUCGUUUCCUUUCCUAAUGUGGCGCAGCAAAUGUGACGCGCUGAGCAUUAAAACAGCAGCAACUACAUAGUCUCUCCCACAAAUGUCUCUCUUUUUCUCAGUGCUGCUCGCUCUCGAUGCGAUCCGCUCUUUGUGGCGUAUUGAGUGGAACUUCAGAGUGGCCGCUCUUAAAACUCACUCUCUUAAGAGACCAUUCUACACUUCUAUCCACUUGAUCAUGUACUUAUACAUUUUCGUAUGUAUUUAAAUACAGAUUGUUUUACUGAUUGUUUCACCUGAAUAAUUUGUUUAAAUAUAGAGAUUUAUCUCAUUGAUCAGUCAUGGAAAGUGGCACAUUUAAGUGUACAAUUCCAGGCGAUUUUUUGUAUAGAUCGUUGCACCAGUUCGGCUUCAGUUUCAGUCGCGAAAAUGUUCCGAAAGUAUUGGCUCAUCUGGGCAUUGGCUCUGUGGGUAUCGUGUGCCCCCUAUGCCGGACAGGCUAAGAAGCAAAUCGUGUUCAACACAAUGAAGUGCUCCCUCAGUGGAAAAGUGUUCGCGAACAUCGAGUGCCGUCUAGAGACCCGGAAGGCCCUCAGCCUGAUCCUCACCACCGACGAGCUGAAGACAGCGGAUAACGUUGUGGGCGUGUUCGAGCUCCGGCUCUCCAUUUACGGUCAAACGAAGACAAUUACAAUGAAGAAAAUCCGCCUGGACCUGUGCCAGCUUCGGGCUCAGCGGGACAAGAAAUCACUCAUGCGCCUCUUCUACAAGGGCCUGCGAACCGCCAAUCACAACCUACCGGACAAGUGUCCGUUCCUCAGGGUGAGCUCCUCAGGUCCUUCCUGGUCUAUCCAAGACUCCUCUGCGAAUAUCAUCUUCCAGAACACCACCUACUUCAUGCGGAAAGUGGAGAUCGACGCGAGCGAGCUGCCACCCUACCUGCCCGAGUACAACAUCACAUUCGGGGGCAGGAUCUACGCGAACAACGUCCUCUCUUCAGAGCUUUUCAUCACGGGGGGUUUCUGCGAGGCCGAGCAGGACUGCACGGGACAGAGGGAGCUCUGAAGACUCAUCAAAUAAAAAGAGAGCACGCCUGUGACUCAAAGAGCAAGUCCCAUACGCGUUUAACUCACUCAAAACCGGCACCCGAACUGCUUAAGCGGGGAAAGAGCGGUAGGCGAAAGAGAGGGAGAGAGAGCGAGCGACUCUCUGAGCCAGUAACCGAAUGAGCGGCUGGAAAAUUGUCUUUAACUAAGCCCGGCCAGAGCCAGUCAGACGUCAAAGCCGUCAAAAAACUCAAAGCGAGCGGUACGCAUGCGCGCAGUCCGCAGAUCCGUUAGAAGCACUUGCCACAGAACAGAGUUGCGAUUUAUAGAGGGCCAAGUGGCGACACACGGGAACGAACGCGUCUAAAAAUACUGCGCGAGGAAGACACAUACUGAUAAACACCAAAGUGAAGUAAAUGAACAAAGAACAGUGAAG